AUGGAAAAGCGUGGCCAGGUUUCCCAGCAUGAAAGCAUGUUGAAGAGGUCCGCCAAGGGCGUGACUUUUUUGAUGUUCAGUCAGCUUUUCAGCAAGAUAGUGACUUUCAUACUGAACACGCUGUUGGUGAGGUACCUGUCACCGCGGGUUUUCGGGAUCAACGCGUUCCUUGAGUUCUUACUUUCGACAGUCCUAUUCUUCAGCCGAGAGGCCAUCAGGAUGUCUACACUGAGGAUAAAGAGCCCUGUCGCAGCGAGCUCGGCUACCGAAGACGACCCUGAAACAGAUGAUGCGGGACCAGGUGUAUUGCAAACAGCUAUCAACUUCGCCUAUAUUCCACUUUGUAUUGGAGUCCCUCUAUCUUUGGUUCUUAUAGGAUGGCAGUACAGCAACCUGAACGAAUACUUCCUUUCAUUACCAUACUUCAAGCUUUCCAUCGCGAUGAUCUGGCUCAGUAUUAUAUUCGAGCUCUUGAAUGAGCCGUUCUUCGUUGUGAACCAGCUUAUGUUGAACUACAAGGUUAGAAGCCAACUCGAGAGCAUCGCCGUGGUAGUAUCCUGCAUUGCCAAUUUUUCAAUAGUGUAUGUUUACGAGAACAAAUUCAAUGGGUCUGGUAUAGCCUUACAUGAUGCAACCAAGCAGGAAGGGAUUGCAAUUUUGGCGUUCGCUGUGAGCAAACUUGUGCACUCUACAGCUCUCUUAUGCUGCUAUUACUACGAUUAUCUGACUCGGUUAGCUCCCGCCAAAAAGUUCAAUAUUUCCCCUUCAAAAGUGCAGCUUUCUGCCGGCACUCAGCCAUAUUACCUACAAAGCGAAGUUCUACAGCACUUCAAAAAAGUGUAUCUUCAGCUUUGUUUCAAGCAUCUUCUUACUGAGGGCGAUAAACUUAUCAUCAAUUCCAUGUGCUCCGUAGAAGAACAAGGAAUCUACUCACUGCUGUCCAAUUAUGGGUCUCUUUUGACAAGACUCUUGUUUGCUCCCAUAGAAGAGUCACUGCGGCUCUUUCUUGCGCGCCUACUCUCUGUGACAUCCACUAAGAACACUAAAUUGUCAAUGGAUGUCUUGGUGAAUCUUACAAAGUUUUACUUGUACCUGUCACUUUUAAUCUUGGUAUUUGGGCCCACCAACUCUCCCUUUUUAUUACAAUUCCUCAUAGGCAGUAAGUGGUCUAGCACAAGUGUGCUAGACACUAUACAAGUUUACUGCCUCUACCUUCCGUUUUUAUCUAUAAAUGGAAUUUUCGAAGCCUUCUUCCAGAGUGUUGCCUCUGGCGAAGAUAUUUUGAGACAGUCUUAUUUCAUGAUUGCUUCAUCAGGUGUAUUCCUCCUAAGCUGCUGGCUCCUGAUUUCCCAGUACAAGAUGUCCUUAGAGGGUCUUAUUUUCAGCAACAUCAUCAACAUGUUGUUGAGAAUAGGCUUCUGUGGACGUUUCAUCAACGCAUUUUAUAAGCGCGUCUACUCUGAUCCCGCGUCUCACGAUUCAACUUUCCUGCUGAAUUUCAGUAAUCUCAAAGCGGUUUCUCUAGUGGCGCUUGUGAUCGCAUUAUCAAAUUAUUUCCUCUUUGGAGUUGUUAAGACCUUCGGCCAGCUAUCAAUAAAUGCGAUUAUGGCUUUUGGUCUGUUGUCUCUCAUUCUCUACAAAGAAAAAGACAUUAUUCGGUCCUACUUGAAGCAGUCCAAGAGAGAUGAGGUGAAGGAUGCGUAA